CGUCUAAGGCCCUCCUUUGGGACUGUCCACUCCAUGCCUGCUUGGAAAGAGCUCGCCAGUCAGAGUUUUCCUGUGACAACUCGAAACUAAUAUUAAUUAAGUAUCAAAUAUCAGAAAGUAACAAUCAAAAAGUUAGAAUAUUCACAAGUUAUUUUCUUCCCUGCGGGCAUUUCUGAAAGACAGAACUUACUGAGGGGCCUGACGUGAUAUCGGCGGCGAGCGGUCGUUAUGGUGAUGAGUCCGAGGAGAAAGAGAGUUUUCAGAGAAGUCUUCCGUGAGGAAUCUGCAGACCUAAUUAAAAAAAGAUAAUUGUUGUAGUUCUUACUGCAUGUGUGUACCCGGUCAGAUUACUAGGCCGCAGCUCUGACUUUGGUCUUUUUCUGUCUUCUACCUACCUUUGGAGCGCAAAUCAAAGAGCUGAGCGAUCCAAUGCGAAAUCAAGAACUUUUGCAUUUCCAGAAAACAAAGCGAGCAACCAGAUCUCGGCUCUCCUCGUUUCAGAAAUAAACUGCAUUAAAGCAGCGAUGUCUCUGGAGUAAACGGCUACGUGGAAGAGACAUCCUCUAGAUGAUAAAAUAGGAGCUUUGUGUGCAGAUAGGUGUGGUGUGAAUCACCCAACUGCGUAAAACUUGCUUUAUGAAUUGUUUAUUCAAACAAUGUUAAUAAACUGCAUGACAUUUGUGAUUGGCAGCUGCUACUUUCUCUGAAAUUUUAAUUCGUGCAACAUUUAAACAUGCCUCAUUAAAAUGGUAUUUAUUUUUUCCCCUAAAGCCUUUUUUGAAUUAAACUUUAAAUUAAAUAAAGUGUUAGGAAUUUCCUUUUAAAUUUUGCCCUUUCUCUUUUAACAAAUGUUUAUCAGAUUACCACACUUGCACAUAUGAGACUGAUAUUUUUUUAUAAGAUUAUAAAGCUAAAAUAGGUGUUAGGAUGUCUUUCAUUGCAAGAAAGUGCGGCCUUCAGUUGCAGCCUCCAUCUAUUAUUUUAAUUUAUGAAGAUCAAGUCAAGAAUAAUAUACGGAAGCGUAUCAUGCCUAUUCGGAAUUUCUCCAAGUACUCAGAUUGCAGCCGGGCAGCAGAACAGCUAAAGAAUAAUCCUCGACACAAGACUUAUUUGGAAGACGUCUCAAUGGAACAGUUACAAAAGUUACAUAGGUUGCUCAGAGGCCAUUUGGGAGGACAAAGUUUGACUCAGAGCCUAGAACAAAUUCAAAUGAAUGAAAUAAUUGACCCUGAAGAGAAUCUAAACAAACUUGAUGACAAGGAGCUUGCCAAAAGGAAACAAAUAAUGGAUGAGCUAUUUGAAAAGAACAGGAAAAAGAAGGAUGAUCCUGAUUUUGUCUACAAUGUAGAAGUAGAUUUCCCAGAAGAUGAGGAACUUGAAUCCUGUGGCUGGGAUGCAGAUUUAGAUGAUGAAUUUUGACUCAUUCCUUGGAUUUCUGGAGUCUUAUUACAGUAGGAAGGAAAUGUCUUUGUGUAUUGUUGAAAACACGAUUGUAUUGGAGCAACAGAACUUGUUGAAUCUUACCAUUCAUUUGUACUGUCAUCAAGAUAGAUCAAAGCUUAUGUCUUUCUCUUUACAUAUUUUACAAGAUGACAAAAAAGUCUUCUGAGAUUGUCUGUGAAAAAGGUAUGACCAGACUCAAAUAGCUACCAUUGGUUAGUUCUUCACACUGGCAUGUACCCUCUUAGAAAUAACAGAUCUGCCUCAACAAAACUUUCAUGUGCAGCUUAAAAAGCCUGUAACAGUGCAAAUAACGUUGUGUCUUGUUUAUUGUUUCACAUGUUCCUUCCAGUUUGCUAGGAAACCAUAAUUUGCCUGUUGAGCCACCUGGCUUUUGGUGUUUCUCUUUUUCAAUUAAACAAGAACAUCAGCUACAAAAUACUACACUUACAUUCUGUUGUUCCACAUAAAAAUCAUACAUCCUUUGCUUUUUGGAAAACAAUCAGCAUGGUCAUGAGAACAUUAGUAAAUAUGUUCUCAGCUGAUCUAACCUGGAAAUCUCACUUUAAAGCUGUGCUUAAUAAGGUAAAACUGUUUUUAUUCCAAAGGUUAAGCAACAACAAAGAUGGCAAAUAUCUAGAUGUACCAUUCCCCUUGUUCUCUUGGGAUCUACAGUUUGGAUAAAUACAGUUACAGAAAAAAAUUGACAUUCCACUCCUAGUUUCUGAAAAAAACUAAUGAACAUUCCCUAUUGUGUUUCCAAAGUUUUCUUGCAGGCAGAAUUUGGAGAGAACUCAUUAGAGGCUAGAGCAUGGCUCCUUGCUUUUAAGCUAAGGUGGGGGGCGGGAAUUGUUAUCUGAAGACAGCCUACUUUCUUUUCUGGGAAAAGACUUUAAAAUCUGCGUGGCUGAAAAUUGUGAAUGAUAAACUAUUAUUAAUUGGUAUGACUGCCCAAAAUAUAUUGGCCCCAUGGAAACUAUGAUUCUCUUAUCUUGAUUAGGAAAUGUGUUUUGGAGACUGACCAUCACAGUACCUUAGGGGGAGGCUGUUGUGUUUUUCUUUGUUUUAUGGCCAUCCCCCCAGUGUACUAUCUUUUAAUUUCUAUUAUCUCUCAGUUCCAUGAUUUUGUAGGGCAUUCUUGUUUGCCAGGUUGAACAUCACUGCUUCCAUGGUUUUACAGGGCAGAUUUCCAGGAUAUAUUCCGACAGAAUCUGUCCUUGUGGCCUGAAAAUGAUCAAUAUGCCUUUCCACAUUUUGCUUGAGUGCCCCAAGUUCGUAACUCUCAGAAAUCACUAUAUUAUGCCCUUAUUAAGCAACCACUUAUCUUUCUACUCUUUGGAAACUGUUGUCUUCUUAUUCAAAGGUAAUGUAACCCAAAAAUUACUCGGUGUGGCUGAAUAUGUAUUUGUCCUUUUAACUCUCGGUUCUAAAUAGAAUAUCUAGAAAUUGCUGUUCAUGAUUAUGUCUGUGAUGUUCUUAGGGUGAAAAGAAAGGGGUUUUUUUAAUUUAAAAGGGGGAGGGAAGAAAAAUAUGUUGUACUGUAUUGAAAAUAAUUCUUGUCAUGGUCUCAACAGUGCAAUGGAAUUUUUAUGCCUGAGAAAUAACUAUUUAGAAGAUAAAUUAUUGUAUUUGCUUCUGUUUACUUCCAUAAUCUCUCUAUGAUUAAAUGAUCAGACAU